AGUUGGAGUACAACUAACUGCACCAUCACCAGAUAAAACUUGGGUGGUGCCUUUUUUCUUUUUCUUUCUCUCUAUCGAUUCUCGUAACAAACCCUACCCUUUUGAGUCUUCCAAGUUUUCACCAUCGUAAUGGGUUCCGAAGGAUCCAGCGUCGUGGUUCCUAGGAAUUUCAGAUUAUUGGAAGAGCUUGAGAGAGGUGAGAAGGGAAUUGGGGAUGGAACUGUUAGCUAUGGAAUGGAUGAUGCUGAUGACAUAUACAUGCAAUCUUGGACUGGGACUAUCAUCGGUCCCCCUAGUACUGUUCAUGAAGGGCGUAUCUACCAGUUGAAAUUGUUUUGCAGCAGGGAUUAUCCAGACAAUCCUCCAUCUGUUAGAUUUCAAACAAGGAUUAACAUGACAUGUGUCAAUCAAGAAACUGGAGUGGUUGAGCCACAUUUGUUUCCUAUGCUUGCUAAUUGGAAACGUGAGCGUACAAUGGAAGACAUUUUGAUUCAAUUGAAGAGAGAAAUGAUGUCUCCCCAAAAUAGGAAGCUAACUCAGCCUCCUGAAGGCAAUGAAGAAUCCAGGGUUGAUCAAAAGGGGUUGGUGGUGAGAUGUUGUAUUGUGUAAUUCCGUGGAGAAUCCAAGAAUAAUAAUAAUGUAAAACAGAAAACACUGAUAAUAUGGGGUGAAAACGACCGCAUCAUCAGCAAUAAGUUUGCAGUGGUUAGUUACUUUGUGACACUUUUUAUAACAUGUUACUUGACAUGCUGGAAAGUCAUGAUCAAGAAGCAUAAUUCUCUCUUACUUUGUUUCACUUUAUUGGACUGCUAUAGGGAACAAUAUUCCAUGCUAAUAUUAUAACUGAUGUUUAUACUUUUGAAACUUUGUAGCGAUUCCAUUGUGAAUUACCUAAUGCAAUUAAACACCAAAUACCAAAUUGAAAUAAGUGUAUUUGAAAUACUAUUC